ACCCUUUUAUAGAAGGUGGUGGUGUUUGACCUUCCACUUGAAGAGAUUUCUGAGGCUAACGGCGAGAGGAGGGGGCGCCUACCCUGCAUGGGGGAAAGCAAAUGCAAAGACGCAGAGUCGGGAGAUGGAGUAUGGCUUGUCGGGAACAGACACCUGUUUGUCAAGAUUUCAAGGGAAACACCCUAUGCUGGGCAUCAUGCGCUGGUCCUUCAGACACUAUACCAUCAUUUUAGCUGGCUCAGGCCUCCUGUGGUUUUUCAUCAGCUUGGGAACCCCAAAGAUAAAUGAGGACAUCUAUCUUCUGGAAACAAAGCGAUCUUUGGACCAGAAGUUCAGCUCCAAGAGUGAGGAAUACCUGCAGUGGAGCUCAUAUAAUGUCCCAAGCAGAGUCUCUCAUCUCACCUACCAAUACUUGGCUGGAGCCCUGCCUCUAGAAAAAAAGACUCUUACUGUGGGGCUGUCUUCAAUGCAGAGUCCUACAGGAAAAUACCUCAUGAGUACUCUGAGGUCUGUGUUCAAGGUUUCCUCCAACUAUGAGUUGAGGCACAUCACGGUGCUUGUGCACUUAGCUGAUCCUGACCCCUAUUGGCUCAACGAGACAGUCAGUAUCAUCAUCAGCCUCUUCACACCACAGAUCCUCCGAGGGCAGCUGAUUGUGAUCCAUGCCCCUUCUGCUGCCUAUCAGCACUUGUGGUCCCAGCCACACAUAGUCUUUAACUUCUCUGACGUAAAGACCUUCCGGUCUAAGCAGAUGUUGGAUUAUGCCUUCCUCAUGAGCUUUGCUGCCAAUCUCUCUGACUACUUUCUCAUGAUCAAGGACGACAUCCGAUGUACCCCCAACUUUGUCACUAUUAUCCAGCAAGAACUAGAAGCUCGAAAGGACAAACCGUGGACAAUCAUGGAAUCUGCCAACCGAGGCUUAGCUGGCAAGCUUUGCCAUUCCAUGGACCUCCCCAAGCUGGCGGGUUUCCUCCUCCUUUUCUACAAGGAUGAGUCCCCUGACAUGCUCCUCUUGCAUUUCCGAAUUCUUCAGGGCCAGAAGGAUCCCAUCCACCUAAGCCCCUUCCUCUUUUACCAUUUUGACAGAUCCUCUUCUUACUUUCCUAAUAACUCCCACACAUGUGAAGAGCCAGACAACGAGAAGUUUCAAGAGGAUAGCUCUGACAUUCCAGAUAACCCACCUGCAGUCGUCUACACUGAUAUGCAGACUCUUCAGAACCAUUUGCCCCAAAAUGCCUAUAGCCUGGACGAGACAUUCUUUUUGACCCCGAAUGCUCUACCUGGGCAUCAGCUGACAGUGAUCCUGGAUGAGGGAGUUAAUGUGAUUCGGGUGCAGGUGCUGACAGGUACACCUAUAGAGAAGCUACAGAGUUUGGAGGAGGGAAAAGUGGAGCUGGGUUCUAAUCCCGCUGGGCAAUCAAAACAUUGUACCAAGUAUACCUUUCUUGGACAGCUGUGGGAUGGGCAGUUGGACUGCAGGCUGAAACACAGACAGACAGGACACAAUGUGAGCUGUGUGCGACUCCUGGUGACCAGCCCUAGGGAUAACUCAUGGGUCAUGGUCAGACACAUCAACAUCUGGGUCAAUCAUGAGGAAUAG